AAGUGGAGUGAACUAAAAAAGCUCUCUCUCAGACAUUUUGGGGGAAAAGAAAAAAAAGAAAGGAGAGAAUCAGAAAAAACCCUAAUCGUUAAGCAAAAUCAAGAGCUUGGUCGACCAUGGGAUUACUGUCCAACCAAAUCCCCAGAGAUGAUCUGAAGCCAGGAGAUCACAUCUACUCAUGGCGUACCGCUUACAUCUACUCUCAUCACGGAAUCUAUGUAGGUGAUGAGAGGGUGAUACAUUUCACUCGAGGUGGUGGUCUCGAAACCGGAACAGGGACUAUCCUGGACAAGUUCUUCACUAGCUCAGUUCCGAAUCAUGGAGGAGACAACAACCCGUGUCCUAAGUGUGGAGAUCUAUCCAACCUCGACGGUGUUAUCUCUUCUUGCCUUGAUUGCUUUCUCGCCGGGGGAAACCUUUAUCUCUUCGAAUACGGUGUCUCUCCAGCUUUCUUUCUCGCCAAACAACGAGGUACUUGCACUACAGCAAUUUCAGGUCCUUGCGAUGAAGUCAUUUCCCGUGCGGAGUUCCUCUUACUGCGAAAUGGGUUUGGUGCUUACCAUUUGUUUGAGAACAAUUGUGAAGAUUUUGCUACCUAUUGCAAAACUGGUUUGGUUGUCAUGUCAAAGAUCAAGCUGGGAAGUAGUGGUCAAGCCACUUCAGCUUCUGUAGCAGGCGAUGCUGUUUCUUGGGCAAUCGGCCUUUUCGGGAUGGUGAAGACUGGUAGAGCAGCUUCGGUGGUUACUUCAACACUUGGAUAUGCAGUGACAGGUGUCGGUGGUGUGGUGUUGGUAGGGACCAUAGCGGGUGGUAAGUACUGUCUUGAUCGCUUACGUUCUGACAUCGGUAUCAGAUCCGACGCAACUAAAGUUCCUGUGGAAAGGCUUGUUUCCAUUAUUGAAGUCAUGGAAGGCAGAUCCGGGGAGAACAAGAAGUCGUGUUAGACUUAUCACUAUGGUUGUUUGAUGACUAAUAAGGGGGAUUAUGCCUCUGUUGCUUUGUCUGUAUUGUGAAAACUGUAAUUGUGUUUUAACUAUUUGUCAAGUGGAAGAUACAGUUUAAUAACAUUAUUUUUCCAAGAAUUGAUCUAUUUUCUAGA